AUGUUCAGAGGGAUACUCCCGAAACGAAUCACAUCCUCCGACUUCACCAUGGUCACUCCCCUGGUAGAGCAACCUGCGACGGCUCCAAACAAGGAAAACCAGCCACAAACGACGGGUGGGGUCGGCAAGUUGGCAAAAGCAGCGCACCAGGCGCCCCCCAAGACGAGCGGGGUGGUCCAAUCUAAGAAGCGGGAACGCGCAAAUACCGUGAAAGAGAAGGAAAAGGAACAGCAACAACAGCCGCAGCAGCCAGAGAGUAUGGAGCUUGCUUUCGACAAGCUGCUGGAGGACCUACAGAUACCAGUAUCGUUGCGCCCGCGACUACUGGGGAUGGAGUCGAAUGUUAAAGCCGCCAUGCUCAAAUCGUCACAGACCAUGUCGCUGCUACCACCGCCGACUCGUCCCGCAAUUCCAAAUAUGGACACCAUGCCAGCCACUCCUCGAGCCAGUGCUCUCCGGCGAACGCGUAGCACGGAGUCGAUGGAAUCUCCUCGACGUGUCAGCGGAUCAACUCUUCUUGACGACCUCGCACCACCACGGGCCCCUGCGCUAUUUAGCGAGUCGUCUGGCUCUGGCUCUCCUCGGAAAACCAGUGGACACUCGCGCGGCUCGUCGCUUGAUGCCUCGAAGCUACUUUCGCGCAGCCAAGUCAACUUGCCACUGUCGACUUCUGUUGUUGACCUGACAGCUGGAGGCAAGGCGAAAGAACGCGCUGGUGCUAAAGACAAGGCCAAAGACAAGAACCUUGCCCCACGAAAGUUCUUCAGCAUCUUGUCUGGCACGUCAAGCACACAGUUGGAUAUCGAGAACAUCAAGAAGUUGAGGCUGAUGCUACGAAAUGAGUCGGCAAGUUGGACCGAGGAGUUCUUAGAGCUCGGUGGCUAUCCAGCGCUUCUGACACGACUGAACGAGAUACUGGAGGUUGAGUGGAGGGAAGAGCAGCAUGACGAUCAAGUCCUUCACGAACUACUGCGUUGCUUCAAGGGACUCUGCACAUCUGAAAUUGGGUGCAUGGCGCUUCGCAGCUCGUGCCCCGCUCCCUUCUUCCAACUCGUCUCCCUAUUGUACUCGGACAAGAAACCGGGCGACGUUGCUACUCGCCAACUAAUCGUCGAUCUUAUUCUCACCCUCUUCGAACUCUACCCGAGUUCUGCUCUUCCCGCUAUUGGCAGCGGCAGGCAUUCAAAUUCUGGGCCACGACGUGAAGCUUGGGAGACAGCCUCGACCACAAGCAAUCUUAUCACACUUCCUGCGCCAUACAAGAACCUCUUUUCGUUCAUUCGGGCCUUACUGCUGACGCCUGCUCCGCGGGCGGCAGAAGCUCCUGAAACACCCGUCUCCCCUCAUGAGUUCAUCGAAUCGCUACAUCGUCCAAGAAUUUACAAGACAUAUCUUCAAGAGCUAUCGGAUGUGUGCCGAGACUACUUUUGGGUCUUUUGCCAUCCGAAUAACGCGAUUUGGAUCCUGAACGAGACGGAUGAAACCAAGGUCGAAAAGCCGAGAGCGCCUGGUGGGAUGACUGGAGGCGUCGAGUUCGAGGCGAUGGGCUAUUUCACAACGCAUCUGAAACUUGUCAACGCCGUCUGCAAGAUUGCGGCAGACCUCAAUUUGCCUAAAGAAGAUGACCAUUCGGCGUAUCAGCUCCAUGCCGAUUUGUUCCUCUCUGGAUUUGAGCGAAUUAUCCUUAUCUCCCGCAAAGCAUCGACGACCUACUACCCAACCUUACAUCUGGAACUUGCGCGAUAUGUCGCCCAUGCUGGCCGUGCGGGUUAUGAACUCCCCUGGACAUUGUCGCGGCUGGUCGGUCUUCCGCCAGCCGCUCUGGUGAAGAACCAGACUGUGAAAGCGAGCCCGAGGAGCACGCCGACUUCUACACCCACGAAGUCUCGAGCGGCGCCGGUCUUACCCUCCCCAAGGAAGGUCGAGCCGCUGAGGAUGACAUGA